CUACUCAUACAGCCGCCUCUUCUCACAUCACCAGCUUUCGAUUCCUAGAUCUAUACAUUCUUAUAUAUACUAUAUAGACUAUACACGAUGCAUGUUCUUAUCACGAACGACGAUGGACCGCCAGGAAAAGACUCGCCCUAUAUCGCCUACUUUAUCCAGAAGCUCAGGGAGUUGACAGAUUGGGAUAUCAGUGUCGCUCUUCCUGAUUGCCAGAAGUCGUGGAUUGGCAAGGCGCAUUUUGUGGGAAAGACUAUGACGGCUAGCUACAUCACACCGGCCGCUGAACCAGAACUUCCCUACGAAGGCCCAUACUACAAGAAGAAAAACGACGGCAGCGAGGAAUGGGUGCUUCUCGACGGCACGCCGGCCUCCUGCGCUCAGGUUGGCAUUCAUCACCUGUUUAAGGAGAAGGGGCCUGUUGAUCUAGUAAUUGCUGGUCCGAAUUAUGGACGCAAUUCGAGCGCGGUUUUUAUCCUCUCGAGCGGCACUAUUGGCGGUGCUAUGGAGGGUGCUCUGUGCGGAGUCCCGGCGAUUGGCGUGUCAUUUGCAUAUAGUUCGCGCAACCAUGUUGCGGAUCACAUCAACACCGCGUGCUCGGUUUCGGUUAGAUUGAUCAAGCAUCUCUGCGAGACCUGGCCGAAAGACGACUCCGUCGAUCUUUUCUCGAUUAACGUUCCUCUCGGCCCCGAGCUGCGCGAGGACGUGAAGAUCAUGUACACGAAUAUCCUAGCCAACAGAUGGGGAUCGGCUUUUGAGUACGUCGAGGACCCGAUUACGGUGCAGGCUGAUGGGACGGUUGUGGAGCAAACCGAUAGACUUGAGCCGACUGAGGAGGAUGGCAAGUUGACGUUUAAGUGGCUGCCGAAUCUGGCGGCUGUGACGGGGACGACGGCAGAUGAGCCGACGGGGACUGAUAAGUGGGCUAUCGGCGAGGGCUACGUGAGUGUCUCGCCAUUGAAGGCGAAUUUCCAAGGCGCACCUGGGCUUAGCGGAGAACUGAAGUUAACACCUAGCGACGCACAAUCAAAGACCGCGUCAUUACCCCAGUUUACAGCCGUGAUCACGUAUCCUCCAGAAUCAUAUAUAUACCCGUUACUGGUCGCGAACCUGAAGAAAGUAGCGCCGGGAGUGGAGAUCAAGACCGAUCCGAGCGAUCCGGUGCUGGAGGAAGGGUCUGGGGUGAAAGUGCUGCAUUAUGCGGAUUAUGAGGAUUUGAAUUUUGAGAGGAUGAUGGGCGACGAUGAGAUGUAUCUCGCGUGCUCGUAUAUAUACAGAAAAGCGUUGAUUCGCAAGAACUUCCUCGCCCACAGCAUCGCAAACUACGCGGUCAAACACCCCGACACUAUUCUGAAGCGGAACUUCCCAGAGUCCUACGAGCUCGAGCUCGACUAUGCCGAGUAUCUUGACGAGAUGCUGGACGACAUCUACGAGUUUAGGGAUCAGCUGCAGGAGGAGAAGAAUUGGUGGAUUCUGAAGCCGAGCAUGAGUGAUCGGGGACAGGGAAUUCGGAUUUUCAAGACUUUUCAGGAGUUGCAGGAGAUUUUUGAGUCGUUUGAGGAGAGCGAUGAUGAAGAGGAGGAGGAGGAGGAGGAGGAGGGAGAGCCGAAGAGUAUCAGUGAAGGGAACGGGAUUGUGACUUCACAGAUUCGCCAUUUUCUGAUUCAAAGGUAUAUCGAGAAACCUCUGCUGCUGCCAUCAUGCGGGAUGCGCAAGUUCCACAUCCGAACAUAUGUUGUGGCAAGCCAAGCGCUGAAGGUUUACGUAUACAAGGACAUGCUGGCACUGUUUGCCAAGCAACGCUACAGCAGUCCCGACGAGAUUGCCGACUUGGAGAUCCACUUGACGAAUACGUGUCUGCAAGGCGACAAAGUAGAUGAAGGCUCAGUGCGCCGGUUCUGGGAUCUAGAAGGGUUCGACAAGGAGAAAGUGUGGGACCAGAUCAAGGCCACGACGGCCGAGACGUUUGCGGCCGCGGUUGGGCUGGGACGGGUUCAUUUCCAGCCGAUUCCGAACGCGUUUGAGAUCUACGGGUUGGAUUUCCUGGUGGACGAGGACCUGACGACGCGGCUGCUGGAGGUGAAUGCGUACCCUGAUUUUGGGCAGACGGGAGAGGAUCUGAAGGUACUGGUUGACGGUCUGUUUGCGUGCGUUGCGGACCAGAUCGUGGUGCCGUUUUUCGGCGGCGAGUCGCGGCAGGGCGGACUGAGUGAGGAGAAGGGCAACAGGCUUGCGUUAGUCUACGAGCAGGACGUGAGCGGCGGGUGGUAGAAACGUAUAAACAAUAAUGUAAACAAAACAAUACAAAACAAUGAGAACGGCAGUUAUCG